UUGACGCGCAUAGUUAAAAUUAAAAUUUAUUCAAGUUAAAAAUAACAAUGAAUACCCGAAAACUUUCCACACAUGUUCUAAAUACUGCAAACGGCAAGGCAGUAGCAAAUAUUAAAAUAACUACAUAUCGCCUGGAUGAGCUGCAAGAAUGGCGGGCUUUACGUCCAUCGCAAACCAACACGGAUGGACGCUGUCUGCUUCUGGAAAAUAGUGAUUUUACCCAUGGCAUCUAUAAGUUAACUUUUCAUGUGGGUGCCUAUUAUGCCAGCCAGAAUAUGAAAACUCUUUACCCAGCUAUCGACAUCAUUGUGGACUGUAGUGAAGAUCAAAAUUAUCAUAUUCCGCUGUUACUCAGCAGUUACGGUUACACGACUUAUCGCGGCACUUAGCAUAUAAUGUAUAAUUGUAAACACUUAAUAAAGUU